AUGGCAGCUGAAGCAACACCAGAGUCAACAGCAGCUGAAGCAACACCAGAGGAAAGAGCAGCUGAAGCAACACUGGAGGAAACAGCAGCUGAAGCAACACCAGAGGAAACAGCAGCUGAAGCAACACCCGAGGAAACAGCAGCUGAAGCAACGCUGUCACAGAAAGGAAGUGAAGUGCUGAAGUCAAUGAUGCAGCCAGAAACAGAAAAUAAAGAAAGUGUUUCAGAAAUUCUGACAGCAGGUACUGUAGAAGUGUUAAAGACUGAAGGAGAAACAUCAGUUACCAUGACAGAUGAACCUGGAGGAGAGACUUUAGUUCCCAUGACAGAUGAAAGUGCAGGUGAAACAUCAGUUCCCAUGACAGAUGAACCUGCAAGUAAUUUUGAAAUUACAUCAGAAAAUAUAGCAGAAGCAGCAUCAAUUGCAAGUGAAGCACUUGAUGCUGAAACAGAUAAAGAAACAAAAACUAUUGAAAGUCUUUCAGAAAUUUCAUCAGAGGCUGCAGAAACUGCAAUUUUUAUAGGAGAGAAAGAAAAGGAAACAAAGGAAAUGGAAUCUAUAAAGAGUGAAAGUGAUGGAAUAGAUGAAUCUUCAAUAUCUAUAGCAACCCCUUAUCAAGAAUUGAAUAAAUCUGAAAAACAGGACACUGAAUCUGAUGUUAAGAGUUCUGUAGCACCUACAGAACUAGAAGUAAGUGACACUGCCCACACUGAGGUCGCUAAAAAAACAGAUACCUUAAACUAUGAAACAGAUGAUUAUACAUACUUGCAACUGGGAACUUCUUCAGCAUCUGUUGUGAAAGCUAGUCUAUUACCAGAAACUUUUGAACAGAAAUCUUACUCUGAGGAGAUGGAAAUCCAAGAAGAUAAUAUUAUAGCAGAAGUGCUGGAUAAAGAUUCUGUUAAGAAAAAGGAGCAGAAUUUGAUGGAAAUCAAGAGGCCAGAUCAAGAAAAUUCAUAUGAAAUACCAUAUGAAGUUCCCAGUGCACUGAAAAAGUACAUUGAUCCAUCAUGUACUGAAUGGCAGGAUCCUAAGACAAGGAAAAUGGUUUACAAAUUGGCAGUUCAAAAUUAUUACAGUGACACUGGAACAAGGUUUGAAAGAAGUGAUGCUUGCCUUCUGAAUCCCACAAAGAAACAGUUAAAGUCAACAUACUCUCGCAGAGACAGUUUGAAAGCAAGGUCUGUGCCAGGAGAUUUGCUUAAACAUAUGCUGAAACAGAAAGCUGCAGCAGAGUUGAAAACUCCCCAUUUUUCACUCAGUCUAAAUGAAAAUUGGGAGCAGAAUAGAUCUGAGAUAGAUUAUCUAGAGAGAAAGUCAGUGUCAGACACUGUGGGUUUGUCAAGUGGUGUCCAUAAUGACAAGGAUUUGUUAGACAAAAGGAGUCACAAUGAGAAAGAAAUAGCAGAGUACAGCCAUAGAACACCGGGUUAUGGUGCCUUCAGCUUCUCCAGUCUCUCAAAGCUCAUCAUUCCAGAAGAAGAUGAAGAUGAGGCUAAUAUUGUUUUGACUAGACAGAGGAAAUCAGAUGUAGAUUUCAGGAGGCAUCACAAGAUGACGCCUUCUAAACUGGCUUUGGAGUCCUCUUUACGGAGACAGUGCAAGUCCUUGUCAGAUGUAAAACAAGGGAAAGGAGAAAGAGUAGUCAUAGAGAAAGAGGAGAAAAUGAUUGAAAAAGGACAGCUCAGUAGCAAGGAGAACCAAGAAUCACAAUCAUAUACAUCUCCUCCUAGUUUGUUAAAGAAAACUGAACAAAAGCAGCAUCUGAAAGGCAUAGAUAAAUCUGUGGGUUAUGGAGAGAUAAGUUUUACUGCACCUUCAAAACUGCUUCUGAUGUCAGAAAAUCAAGAGAAAUGGCCUGACUCUAAGCAGCCAGAGAGAAUCCUCUCAGCUUCUUCUCUUGAAAAGAGACCAGUUCGGGACAAAAACAGAAGAAGAUCUUUGGGGGAAAUUCAGAAAGAGGGAUAUGGAGAGGUGGAUUUUAAUUCUCCGGUGUUAGUUCUGGAGAGUCUUAGAAUUCAUUCAGAUACAGAGGUAGAGGCUAGUGAAGCUAGUUCAGAUAGUGGAAUGCACAGUGAAAACAAGUCACUGGAUCUGGAAAAGAAAGGAUCAUCUGCUGAAGUAAUGAAUAAAUCUGUUACACAAGACUCUGAAAGUCAUGGCACUUCAUCAGAGGAGACACAAAAUCAAGAAGAAGAGAAAAUUGAUACAAAUAUCGACAUGGCAAACACCAAAAAACUUCCCGCUGUAAACACAGAAAUAGAGGCAAUUAAAACAAUGCUACAGCAAAAACUUGAUGAGCAAUCCACUCUGCUUGAGAAACAAAGUUUGCUGUCUGCAGUUAUAUUACAAUCGUUGAAGAAGGGCAACUUAUUAGAAGGGGAUCUUCAGACACUUAUUUCUCUGCACAGUGCUGGUAUCAUAGACUUGGAAAAGUCAACUCCAAAAAACAUUCUGAGGAUUCAACAAAUGCAGGGAGAUGAUAAUGGAAAACUUCAAAACAAAAAGGUACCUAGUGGGAAAAUGUCUUUAAGUAGACCACAGGGACAAAGACAUGUGGAUCCAUCAUUACCCUCUGAAGUGUUGAAAAGAAAGAUUGAAAAAGAAAUUAGGGAAAAGGUAACAUCAGGAACAAUUAGACGACACAGUCGCAAUGAUUCUAUUGAUAAAGGAUAUGAAAGUGGGGUAGAUACCAGUGUCCACACAGAGAAUGACAUCACUGCCCAUUUCACAGGCAAGAAGGAAUUAAUGAAGAAAAGCAAAGAAAAUAUUUACCAGCACAAAAGCGAUUCCAGAAGAUUCUGCUUUACCAGUGCUACAGGGAGAGAGGAAACAGAGGAUGUGGAUGAUGUUAUUGAUGUUCUCAAUCCAAGCUCUGUCUUCAGCCAGUCAUAUACUAGUGGAACUAGUAUGGAGGAGUUAGACAUGUUAGCUCCGGCUAGCUCAGGGUACACCUCCUACACAGACACUAGACAUGAUAAUUCUAGAUCCUCUGGAGGAUCCAGCAGUCUUCUGGAUGACUAUGAAGAAGAGCUCAUCUCCUUUUAUGAUCAAGAGGACUAUGCCUCAAAGAAUUUGCAGUCAUUGUCAAAUCAGGAUGACAGAAUAUAUGAAAUGGGAAGCAAUAUACAAUUGUACAACUUCAGUCCACAACCAAGUAAAGAAAGGCUCACUGUGCCAAAUGUAGGUUUUGGUCCAUCUAAUGGUUUAAAGUCUGAAUUUUCUGCAAAAGAAAUUAAUGCAGAACCUGGUGCUGAGAUAUAUGGGUUGAGGUAUCCAAAUUCAAUCCUAAGCAAAGAUGUCAGAUUCAAAGAUAGCCCACUGUACCUUGACAACCUCGGAUCUUACAUAAGUGACUCAAGGGAGUGUGCCUCAUCUGUUGCCUCCUUCCCUCACAUAGACAGCAUACAGAUUACACAUAAUCCCAGCUUCCAAGCUCUAUCUGAUGAUGGGAAUGAUGUCCAGGAAGAGUCAGAGGAACUUCUGCACCUUCCACCAAGAAGGGUGACUUCUAUACUAGACUUCCUUAAGUUGUUGUACAGCAGGAACCCUGAGUUUGUGAGGCAGUCCUUAAGCAGUGCAGACUGUGAAUAUAAGACUCUUCGGCAGCUUCUCUAUACAUUCUCCAGUACAUCAGGGGAUGACUAUUUCACUGGUGAUUUCCUACAGUCUCCUAGGAAGCGAAGUCUCCCUUCUGUGAGCCCUAGGAGUAUGACCCCAGAGGCCCGCAGCUGGCUCAUGGAAAAGGAAGUCUUGGAGACUCAGACUCGAAAGUUACAAAUGGAGGUCUCCACACUUCACACGGAGAACAAAGUCCUCAAAGAGAGGCUCAACAGAGCACAAGCAACAGUGGACAGUCUUGAAAGUGAACUUGUAAACUAUAGGGAGGAGGUAAAGAAUGUCCGUAUAACACUUCAGCAGCAACAGACAGAGGCUGAUAGGAAAGCUAAGCUGGAGAUGUCAGAAGAAUACGUCCACUUACAGUCACAGAUUGAGGGUCUGUACCAAGAAAAUAUGGAACUUAAGGGAGAGGUGGCAAAAUUUGAGAAGCAUUUGGAAGCCGCAGAGAAAGCAUCAAACCAGGUUCAACUAAGUGCAGAAAAAACUAAAACGCUGCAGGCUUAUAAGAUGGAAGUCUUGACCCUAAAAGAGGAAGUUGGAAGAGUUAAGGCCCUUCUGGAACAAAGUGAAAAUCAUCUUCAUGAAGAGGAAGUCAGGAGUAAAGAGCUGAGUCAGCAAAUGUUACGUCUGACGGAAAUGAAGAAUCUCCUCCAACAGCAGAUUGACAAGGGAGGGGGCGGAACAGUGUCUGAUAAACAGAUCAAGUCUUUGGAGAAACGUCUGAAAAUCACAGAGGAGCGGCUCCAUCAGGAGCGGGCAGACAGAGCUAACAAUCUGUCUGAAGUAGAGGACAAACUAUUGACAGAGAAUGCCAGACUACAGGCUGUGGAAAAAGGACUUAACAGACAACUGCAACGAGAAAAAGACAAAAACCGGAACUUAGAGAACAAAGUCAAAGACAGUAGGGAAGAGGUCGAGAAACUCCGAUUGGCUCUCCCUUUUGACGAGUCAACUCUGACCUCAGCUAAAAGUGAAGAGUAUGACAUUCCUUACAGUUUACACAGUAAUCAACGAUACGAAAAUAAAAAGACACCAGAUUAUAAGUAUGUCAUGGGGCAAGUGGAGCAACAGUCUGGCCUUACCAUUGGUCAGGAAAAAGAGGUCAUAUGUCACCUCUGGAGUACAAGGGAGACAACCUAUCAGCAAUUCCGGCAUUUACAAUUCAUUCUUCAAGAUUUAAAACUCCCAGACAAUGAUUUAACUGCUGGUUUGAAGCAACUCCGAGACCUGAAGAGUCAUUACGAGACCAGGCUUCAACAAGUUGAAGAGGAUUUGCGGGACUCUCAGACACAACUGGCCACAUUUGAAACAACAUACAAAGAACAACUGAACACACUAGUGAAGGAGAGACAUGAUUCUUUUGCCCGUCUGAAAACAACAGAAGACCUGCUGGAGGCUCUCAGAGGAGAAAAUGAGAUUUUAAAAGCUAAUGUUGCGGGGUCUGUAGGAUCCCACAACAGUAAUGGCAGAGACAGUCAGAUAGAUGCACUGAAUAUAGAGAUAACAAAUCUAGAAAACAAAAUUCACCACCUGCAGACAAAUAAUCAAGUUUUAGAGGGUGAGUUGAAGACUCUGCGAGUUCAGUUGGAGGCCAAAGAGAAGGCGUUAGAGGAUGUCCAGACAGAGGCAGAUCUUGCUCACAGUCGCCUUAACAAUACAGAUGCCAUCGAGCGCAGACAGCAGAAGAUUGAAAAACUCACUUCAGAGAAUCAAAACCUACAGGCAGAUAUAAGAAUUCUGAAAGAGAAGAAUAAUUUUCUAAGUGAUGAAAAGAAACGUAGUGAUACUGAUCUAGCAAAUUGUCAAAAGGAGCUCAAUGUGUUGAAAACAAGUCAGAAAGAGGGCAAGGCUGGAGACCUAGCAGAUAACAAGUUUGUUCAGUCCUUACAAGAAGAACUACAGCAAAAAGAUGUCCAGUUAAAGCGGUCAUCACACGAAUUACAAACACUGGAGAGUGAGUUACAACACACACGCCAUGCCAUGUACAGUGAACAGGCAUCCAUGGCUAACUUACAGGCUCAGGUGCAGAGUCUAAAGGAUCAGUUGGAGCAAAAAACCUUGAUGCUGGACACAUUAGGAGGAACUGAGUCAGACUCACAAUCUCACUCAAGCUCAUUGAAGGAAAUGCUAGAGUCCAUGUCUAAGGAAGUCACACUACUCCAGACUCAGAAUAAGACACUGCAGGCAGAAGUCAACAGAGAAAAAAGCAGGUGUGAGGUGCUUCAAGAGGAGAUGACCAGAACUAGUAGUCAGUCUGGGUCCAGUGAAAGGUCAGGGCUUGAGCUCCAAAUCAAACAGCUGGAGGAGGAAAGAGAUAAGCUCCAGGAACAGCUUCUAGAGGCAGCCAAAGCUAGUGAGGAAUUAACACAGAAUGUGAUUGAUGCUCAGUCAGAGGCUCAAAGGCUUCAACAAGAGCUGAGCUCAGAACAGGCCAAGCUCCUACACAUGUCAGCUCAAAAGGGAGAGCUGGAACAACAUCUUGAGGAGAUAGCUGAGGAACAUGAUGCCCUUAUUCAGGAGAAGACACAGAAUGAGGAGGAUGUGGUAAAACUGGAGAACAAGCUCCAGGAGAUAGUACAGACGUUUGAGGUGGACGCACAGCGCCAACACAACAACUUCCAGACUCACUAUAGUGAUAUUCCACCAGAACUUAGGAAGAUGGCUGGGGAGCUUGAUUCUGUUAGAACUCUACUGGAUGCUAAGAAUGGAGAGUUGGAUAUGCUACAAGACAAGCUGUUUCGUCAGAACAUGGAGGCAGAAUUUCUACAGAGGCGUGUUGAGUUACUGAGCGGUGAGAAUCAGUGUAAUCGUGAAGACAUUGCCCGUUUGACCAGGGAACUGGCCAAUAAGAUUAAGGAGGCUAGCUCCUUGAGAGAAAUGAAUCAGUUGCUGGCUAGGGAGAGAAGUAAAAUCCAAAGGCAGAGGGAAACUGAGGAGAGAGAAAAGAUAUGGGAGAAAACACACAAUGAGAAAUAUAGGAAGGAAGUGUCUGAUGUCAUACAUAAGUUAGAGGAGGAAAAGAAAUUUUCCUCCAGGAAUGAUAAGGAGGAACUGAAGUCAACCAACCAGAGACUGGAUUUAUUAUCCUCAGAAAAUGAGAAAGUCCUCAAUAGUCUAAAUGUUGAAAAACAGGCUACAGCGCAGCUCAAAGCUGACUUACAGAAAUAUCAGAGGGAGUGUGAGGAAUUAAAAGAACAGCUUCAUGUUGUUACAUUGGAGUUGGAAACAGCCAAAGCACAGCUAUCAGCUCGAGAUGAAACUAUUGAGAGUAUGAAACAAGACAAAGGGGCAUUUUACCAAGAGUAUGAUAGUAUGUGUCGGAGACUGGCAGAAAAGGAUGAGAAAAUUCAGAACCUUCAGCUUAAAUGUGAUAAGACUGUAGAAAGUCUGAGGGAAGAGCUCUCACAGCAAAAACUAAACCUCGAACAGGAACGGACCUCGACAGAGAGUGACCUAGAUAAAGCCAAAGAGUCCAUCAAUAACUUAAAUGAGGAAAUCAAACAGAAAGAUGCUCAGCUGGUGACUUUUGGAAGAGCCCUGCAUGAGCUAGAGGAACUCACAAAACAAAAGCAUGAGCUAGAACACCAGGUUGAGAAGCUUACAUUUGACUGUAGCUCUGUGAAACAAUUAUUACAGAAUCAUCAAAGAGAGAUGGAAUCUCAACAGAGCACCAUUAACAGGAUGCAGGAAAUCCAGGCCAAACUUCAGGUGGAGAAAACCAGGCUAACUGACCAGCUAAAGGAGGAGAAUGUGUCCUCCACUCGACAGAUACAGGAACUGGAAAAAUCUAUCUCAGACCUCAGGUCUCAUCAUGAGGGGGAGAAGGCAUACCUCAAGGAGAAUCUAUUGCAGGCCCAGUCUAAAAUGCAGGCAAUGGAAAACAGUCUGGCUUCAGCUGUUGAGUCACGAGACAAACUCCAGAUGACCAAUCGUAUGCUAGAACACUCCCUGGAGGAGACCAAAGCCAAACUUCAGGAGGAGACAACGUGUUAUAGGGUCGCUGACAAGAAGUCGGAGAGUCUACAGACUCAGCUUAAUGACAGCCGCAGGGAGAGGUUUUUGACUGAGGACAAAUUGAACCAGUGUCAGACCAGUCUGGUCAAACUGGAGAAGGAGCUGAGGACAGAGAAGGACAGAGGACUAGAACUGGAGGAGAGGAUUCAGGAGUUAGAGGCAGUGUCUGCCACACAGCAGUCCUCACUGAAGGCUAAACAGGAACAGGUGGAGGUAUUGCAGACUGAGAUUGGCAAAUUGAGACAGAUUAUUGAUGGACAGAAACAACAGCUGGGUGGAAAGCUGAAGAAGUCGACUCAGGAGUUCAAACAACAGCUAGACCUGAUGGAAAUGGAGAAAGAGCAAUUAUCGAAGCAGAACCAGCAAUUAACCUUUGACCUGGAAAAGGCAAGGGAGACAAUUCAGAGCAAAAACAAAGAGAACCUAAAGCUCCAAGAGGACAUCUUGAAUUUGGAAGACCAGAUCAGGGAGAGGUCCUCAAAAUUGAGAAAAGUGGAGGACAACUUGAAAGUGGAGGAGGAAAUUCAGUCUAAGCUGGCCUCCAGAUACCAGGAGCAGGAAGAUGAGGUGAAGCGGCUGAAGAACUUCCUAACAAAGAAGGCAGAGGAAGCCACAGACGCAGACAAAUCCAUGUGGCAAGACAUGUCCAAAGUCAUCCAAGACAUGAGUCUAAAGAUGCAGCAGCACUUUGAAGGAGCUAAGGAAAGAGAAAACCAACGAGAACAGGACCUCAAACUCAUCAAAAAGUAUAAAAAGCAGGUACGCGACCUGGAAACUGACCUUAGCACAGAGAGAGCGGUGCACACCAUUACAAAGUCCUCACUACAGGCUCUAGAGGAGGACUGCCGGAGAUUGAGGAAACAGUUCAUGUCCUCUAGGAGGAGAGACCAGUCCUCAGCUGAAAAACCUUCAAAAUCACGUAUGGAAGCAAUCAAUGAGAUAAUUGCUCGUUCUCAGACCCAAGCUCAGAACAUGCUGGCAGCAGGUGGAUAUUUUGAAGAAACACUACGCAGCAUCACAACUCCUCGAGGAGGGAAUUACAACUAUCAUAACAAUGAUGGUUCCCCAGAUACAUCUAUAGCCAGUGACUUUUCCUUUAACAGUGUUUCCCCAGCUGUCAUGGCAGCCUAUCCUUCACAAGCCAAAUCCCCUCGCAAGUAGACUCCUACUCCAACACUGUGCUCCAUUUUCAAUCCGUUUUCAAAUCAGAACAUUUAAGCAGAAUCAUGUAUUUUCAAUUUUCAAGAUGAAUUUCUUUGUAGGUAAUCAGGGAAAUACAUAUUUAUGUGUUUCUUUUAUAGCAUUUUACAAUAAAAUCAAAAAAGUAUGCAUUUUUUGCACAAUUUUUAUAUUUUGAAAUUUUUUUUUCCCAAGAAGUAAAUGCAGUUUUUGACAAAUCAAGGAAAACUUUUCUGCUAGAAAGAGUAAAUAAGUUGUUGACUUUAAGUUGAAUGUGCAAUACUUUACACAGCAUUCCUUUGUUACAACACGUUCAUAAUAUACCACAACAUUGUGUAGAUGUUUAUUUGAAUCUGACUGCCGUCCAUUCCUUUUUGUGUUAAAUUUCUGUGAUUUAAUAUUAUUCAUGGUUAUUAGGGUAGAGUAGAUUUUAAAGGUUAUACAUUUUAUUUUAUUUUUUAAAUAUGGAAAUUAUCUUUCAGUAUUUACAUUCCUAACAAAGUCUAUAUUUAGUAACUUAUAUAAACAGUGUAUUUUGAAGAUUAUUUAUCUCUUGGGCUAUAACCAAUUAGCAACUCUACUAUAAAUCCGUCCUAAAUUAAAAUAAAUUUAUAACUGACACCCCUGGAGCAUUUUGGCAAAGCAUAACAACUGCAAUAUUAGACAACAGAGUUAUGACAAAGUAAAAUACAGUCAUUGAGUUUCCUUGUGUUCAGGUUGCAAUAUUCUGCCCCCUUAGUGUCUUAUUUUUCAUCUGUCACAUGAUAUUACAGAAUGUGUUCUUUAUUGAAAUAAAAGAGGAUUGCAAAUAGAGGCCAAAAUCAAAACUAUCAUACACCAUUACUUGCCAUUAACCACUCAAUAAUACUUUUAUUUAAGGUCUUCCAGCCAUUAAUUGUAGGGAACAUUAUAGUGUUGAUCAUUAUUAUUUUGAGUAUUUACUAUAAAGUGUCUUAGUUCUUUAUUUGUUUGAUAAGGCAAGUAAGAUAAUUAUUUUGCUCUCUAUCUAUUUAUGUUGAAUCCUGCUUAAGGAUUGCAUUUGGCUUUGGUUGUUAGGAUUUCAUUUUUUAUUUAUAUAAGUAUAUACACACUGUUAAUCUAUAUUUACACAAUAAAUGUUAACUGCAAUAU